AUGCUAUUCUUAAUACUUCCAACGCCUGUUGAUAUUGAAAUUUAGGCUUAGAAUAUUUUUUCAGGUUCGUCAGAAUUAUUAAAUGUUUUACCCGCUUACGAAAAGGGACCAAAACUUGAUAAAAAAGGAUAAAUUCUUAAGCAUACAAUUGUUGGAUCAGUGCAAUAAUUUUAGUAAGAAAAGCAAAGAAGGUUUAAUAUCAACAAAAAGCCAUAUGCAAAACUGAAAACGCAAUUUCUAUCUGAAGGAGAGUCACAACCUGGAAUGAAUAACAGUUACACAAAAUUGACCGAACUCACUUCUAGUAAAGAGUUGUCAAAAAAAUCCCCUCAUAAAAUUAAGGAUAAGGAAUUUUAAUUUAUAUAAUUAAAUGAAGAAUAAGUAUAAUAAGAGAUUGUGGAAGUUGAAAGAAGAGUUAAAACAAACUAAAUUGAAACAGAAAGGUUAAAUUAAGAGAUCAAAGGAAAGCUAAAUAAAGGUGAUUAAUUAAAGAUGGAUACUGCUGAAAGGGCUUUAACCAAUUAUCAAAACACUUAAGAAAAUUGGGAGUCAACUAAACUAAGAGUCAGUUCUCGAAUACAACGAAAAUAAGGCUAUUCAAUAAAUGAUAAAAUCGAUUAAUUUAGAGUGAAGCAAGAAAUUAAAUAGUUACUGGAACAUAUAACUCCUAUGGAAUAAAAAUUAGGAAACGAUUACUGGAAAUAAGGACUUCGAAAAACUUAGAAUGAAUUGAAUAGAAAAUACCCUUAUAAAUAUGUUGACAAACUGGAAGAUGAUCCAAGAUAUUUAGUAGAUUCUAAACCUCCAGUUGUAGAAAUUAUAAGAAGACCUAAUUCAACUGCAAAAGGAUGUCGUCCAUUCUCAUCAUUCACAUCCCGCUUCUAUCUAAAUAAUAAAUUAAAAGACAAUAAGGAAGUAGUUUAAAAAUUGGUUCCUCUAAAUAUAGAAGAAUUUGAAGAUUUUUAAGUGGAAGGAUAAAAUAUUCUACUUUAGGAAAUCAAUUCAGUUAGAAAUCCUAAGGAUAGUUUUGUUAAAAUCACUAGCACAAUCAACAACGGGGGUUUGAAAUCUUAUAUAAAAUAGAUUCCUAUUAAGAAAGAGCUCUCUUUGCCUGAUGAAAUUAUUGAAUCUAAUUAUAAUAAAAAAUUAGUAAUUAACAGUGGUAAAUUUGGAAGCUUAAAAGGGUUUUUUUGA